ACAACACGUACUACACGUCCGGUUGUAAAAUGAAAGUAUCCAAAACCAAACCAAAAUGUCUCCUUGUACUGAUUUUGACAUUUUACAUCGCAGCUGUGCAGUCUAAAGCAUCUUCUCAUGAUGAAGAUCUGAGAGUCCUGAUUGUUGGAGAUGAACGUCAUGUCAGAUAUUCUACAGAAGUUUUGUUAGGAAAGAAAGAAAGCAGACAGAUGAAUGAUACAGUCAUUACAGAUGAUGGUCAGAAAAUGAUAGUGGUCAGUGGACCAAAUCCCUGUUUCAAAAACACAGAAGAAAGUUUUAAAACAGCUCUGUUCCUCUCAUCUCCUGGACCUCACGCUGUUCUGAUGGCUCUCGAUCCAGAAGAUCCAGAAUCUGAGCAGUGUGAUGUUCUCAAACAUCUUCAUGAGUCGCUGGGAUCAGAAGUCUUACAGUACUGCAUCGUUCUUCUGCUCCAACAACAACACCAUCCAGAGAAAGCUGAAGACAUCACAGUAGGUAAAGCUAGAGAAAUGAUCAACACAUGUGGAGGAAGAUUUCACAGAAUCACUGACCCCAGACCUGCUCUUAUAGCAGAAAUAAACAAAUUACUCUGGCUCAAUGAAAGAACCUUUUACUCACUGGAGAUUUUUAAAACAUUACAAGACACAGAGCAAACACACAUAGAUGAAGAUGCUGUUGAAGAAGAUCGUCUCUUUACUGUUAUAUGUCAAACUUUAGGAGUAACAACAGCAGUUGUGGGUUUGAGUCUUCUGCUCUUUCUGAACAUUGUUGGGGGCAUUCUGUUUGGAAAUUUGCUGAGACUUUUGUCAGGAUUUGUUGUUUUAACUGCUAUUGAGGUAACAUUAAGAAACAAUCUCACACCGGAAGUUUCUAUACCUCUAAAUUUGGUCUUGAGCUCAUCAAUAACUGUAACUGUAAUGAUUGGUAGAAAAUCUGGAUCACCAGAAACUUCUCAAAUAUUAAAAGACAUAGGAAAUACCUUAUUUGUUUUUACAUGUGUUUCGUUUGUGUUUUGUUCAAAUAUGGCUGUUGGUGUGUUUACUAGUAUAAGAUCAUGGUCAGAUGUGAUCAUAAUGUGUCACACUGCACUUGGCAUCACAGUCAGCAUUAUUACAAUGUCAUUUUUUAAUGAAAGAAACACCUUAAGGAUGAGAAACUGUGGGCCAUUGGUACAAAUGUUUGUUUCAUUCCUGUGCUGUAUAGCAGGUAUGACUCUUUUAAUAGGGUUUGUGACAUUGCUAAAUCAGAUUGACAUAAAGAUCACAACAACUCUGUACAUAUUAGGAUUGACAGUGGCAUAUUACUAUUUCAAAGGUUGAACAUUUGUUGUUUAUUUUGUUUUCAUUUCAACUUUUUUAAUCAUAUUUUUAUGUGUCUUAAUAUGUGCUUAUCAGCUGAUGUACCUGAUUUGCAAGUUUCACAUAUGUAGUCCCAACGCAUAUGUGAAAUUAUUGGAACAACUAUGUAUAAAAAAUAUGUAAAAAAAUUGAAAAUAGUAUUUUAGGACUAAAUGUCUUCUUUAGGCAUCGUCUGUGUUUAGUGUGACCUCUCUUGACACUAAACACAUCUUGAGCGUUUUUGAGCAGAAUGAAGCAAAAAGACUAAUUUCUUUAAAAUUAGAAAUUAAUUUUAUUUAAGUUUAAGAGAUCCUGCAGUUUUCUGCUAUUGCUCAAGCAAGUGGAAGAGGAGUUUACCCUUAAAACUUGACACUUCAGGUUUUUUUACAGUUUUUAAAGCAACAUUCAAAUUUCCUGUAUUUUCUGGAUGUAUUAUAUCAAACAGACUGAGAAACAAUUCUAUAUGAUCACUAUAAGAUUGCAAAAACAACAAAUCUAAUUCUGGCAUGGUGGCUUAAG